UCAGUGUCAUAAAACAAUGUGUAAAAAUAAGGUUAACUUAAAACUUAGUUUAUGUAUUUAUCCGCAUAAUUUCUACUUAUGAGAACUGUUUUUAUCAUUCCCAGAAAAAAAACAUUGGAAUGAAGUGUUUUAUUUAUUAUUAACCAGUCUAUAAAUUAAUAAUGAACAACAAUCUUGAAGAUUACGAUUUCGCUCCAGCUUCCAGCACCAACUUGCGCUCCCUGUUCGACCGAAACUUCGACGAAACUGCGGAACCGUCGACCCUCACCUACACAGCCCCAAAACAGCCAAAACCCGGCGAAACUAAAGCCGAAACACCGCCAAAACCAGAAACGAGCGUCAUUUUAGCCCGAGUAGUGCAAGUCUGGAAACUCACUGAUGGAAAAUACGUGGCAAUAGGCAAACAUGGCUGUGCAAUCAUCGGCUCCUCUGCUCAAAACUCAUUUGAAAUGAUUCUGUACAAAGAAAAGCGCAAUGUGAUAAUGAGGGCCAAAAUAGGGGCGGAGUUUGCAAUCAGCGUCAAGAAGGAUGAUUUUGCUUCGUUCUAUGACAGUGCUAAAGAGAAUUGGUUAGUAAAGUUUAGUAACAACGACGACUGCGUGGCGGUUUUAACUCAGGUGGAGAAGUGUGGCGGCAAAGUUGUGUCUGAAGACACUAAAAAAGUCGUGAAUGAAAAACCACAAAGUGAAAAAAGUGAAGAAGAUAGUACGCCUGAAAAUAAAGCGAGAAGCGAUAUUUUGACGAGGAUUGCUAAAAUGGGGCAGUCUAUUUUACCAAGUAAAGCUAGUGAUACAAGUGAAGAAGUUGUGGAAACUGUGGAUACUAAAGUUUCUGGUUUGAGUAAGAGUAGAGACUUUUCAAGCGUGAGUUCUAGUUCUAGUUCUACUAUUCUAACGCCAGCUAAUAUUAUACAUAGUGAGAGAAGCAUGCCCACGGUCCCUAAUACCGUAGUUAUCACACAACCAAUGGGUUAUGACCCUUUAAACGUAUACGUGUCUGAAAAUCGCGCCCACAAUAGCGAGCUAAGAAUGAACUUGUCACAAAUUUCAGAAAAGCUGAAUUGCAUCAUGAAGUUAGUUGAUUCAGAAAAAACAAGCAACAAACCUGAUGACGUUUCAAAAAGUAAAAUUAAAGUGUUGGAAUUGAGGGUGGAAAAUCUGGUGAGGGAGCUGGACACCAUUCAACAAGAAAACGCCAAGUUGAAGUUGGAAAGGAACCACCAAAAUACAGCUUUAAAGCGCGAACAAGAGCUUGAAACUGAACUGAAAAAUCUACAAGAACACAAAAACGCAAAAAUUGAAGAGCUUGAAAGACAGAUUCUUCUGUCUGAAAGCAAAGUGGUGGAACUUUGUCAAGUUUCUGAAACUCAGAAGACUGAAACAGAUGAACUGAGGAAACAAUUAGCUUCAUAUCAAGAGGAAUCCAGUGAAGUCCCUAAUCUGAAACAAACAAUAUUAGAGUUAGAGCAGAAAUUGAUUGAGUGUGAACUAAAUCGCGAAAAACAAACAACUGAUGAAGAUAAAGAAAAAACUGCGAGUUUCACGUCAAUGCUAAAGGAAGAAAUGAACGGGAUGUAUGCAGACAUUGUAGCCAAUUUUAACAAAGACCAGAAUAUUUCUGAAAUUAAUAAUAUUAUUGCACAAAACAUAAAACUUACAACGUUAAAAAUUAUCCAAAACUUCCAAAUCCUAUAUCACACUUAGUAACCACAAGUAUUGUAUCAAUUUGUGAUAAUCUACCUAAGGACUCCUAUCAAAUUUUAUAGUAAAGUUUUGACACGUUAUAUUAAUAAAUUCUUUAGUUUUUACAAUACAAAAGUAUAAA